AUGCUGGCUCUGUUUCUCGCCUUGGCAGGUCUUGCUGCUGCCCAUCCGGCUUCCGUUCUCAAUAAAAGGCAAAGCUACGUCGGGAUAGCUACGUUCAAUGACUACUCUGCUCAAGGCAACACCAAUUGUGGAGCGAAAUCUGGUGAAAGCGGUACUUACGGCGCCGCUGCAUCCGACGUCUCCCCUAAUAUCUCAGGUGGAACAUGCUCCGGCAGCAUGGAUCUCUCCGAAUGUAAUGGCCAAAGCCCAGUCGCAGGCUGGACGCACCCAAGCUGCCCGACAAGCAACUGUGGCACGUGCUACACGGUGACGCACACUGGUAGUAUAGGGAGCUCUAUUGGGGGUGUAGGAAACACUGUGACGGUUCAGAUCAUUGAUGCGUGUGCGUCGACGAGCCCCUCAAAUUACUGCAAGACGGAUAUGCCGUCGACUCAGAGGUGUGGGGAUUCGGGUACGAAUCAACUGGAUAUUGACACGAGUGCUUAUAUGGCGCUGACGGGCCAGGCGUUUGGGAAUGGACCCACGCUGAAUAUAGCCAUCUCGCCAUCGUGCUGCCCAGGGGAUCCUGGCUGCUCAGCUUCGACAUCCUCGAAUGCAGGUUCCACGUCUCAGACUCCGGCAACCCCUGCGUCUGAUCCUUCACCAGUGUCGGGUGGGAAUGUGGCUACUGAUGAAAAAGUUGCUGAGAAAGUUGCCGCACCUUCAAAAGUUCAAGCUGUUGCACCUGCGGACGAUGAUUCUGAUCCUUGCCCUGAGCUCUGA